AUGAGUUGGCGGCCUGCUUCCCAGCUUACUGCCGUUGGAACGGACGCGUACCAGGGCGACGAGAACAAAUUCCAGGACGUGUCCCACUGGCUUGGUGUGGCAGGAGGCUUCUUGUCUGCACGGCCCGCGCCGACGAACCUGGCUGAGCUGAGGUCCUGGGGCGCGACGGCUGUGGUGACCCUCCUUCACGGAGGCGAGCGUGGCAUCGAAGUCCUCAGGCAGGGAGAGGAGCGGCUGGGGCUGAAGUGGCAGGUGGCGCCAGUGCAGCCGAUCUCGAACGCGAGCAGGCCGGUCUCUGCGGAGGAUGUCGUGAGUUUCCGCACGGCGAGCUUGGCGCUGGAGUGGCUGCGGCAAGGCGAGCACGUCGCCGUGCACUGUCGAGCGGGCUUCCACCGCACCGGUACGUUCUGUUACGUCCUCCUGCGCCAGAGCGGCAAGAGCCCGGCUGAAGCGAUGGAGGCUCUGAGGACAAUAGCUGACCUGGCGGGAGAUGGAGAUGAGGACCAGGAAGAGGCCACACGGCUUGCACGUGAAGGCAGAGCAGGUAUUCCAGGCCCUCCGCGCCCCACCUGA